AUGCAGCCUUCUGCAACCGGCGACGCGCCCCGCUUCCCUGCACUGCCCGUGGAACAGGCCGCCCCUGCCUUUGCUGCCCAGUCUGAAGUCGGCCAUUUUGCCGUCCGCCUGCCGCCAUUCUUCAGCCAGCAACCCCAGCUUUGGUUUGUGCAAGCUGAAGCGCAGUUUGCCCUCGCAGGCAUCACUACCGAGACGCGGAAGUAUUACCAUGUCAUUUCCGUUCUGCCUCCGGACAUCUCGCUGGAAGUCUCUGACUUGCUCCUUCACCCUUCACCCACCGAGCCCUAUUCCGCUCUCAAGACAGCGCUCGUUGAACGCACAAUGGCUUCUGAGCGCAAGCGGCUACAGCUCCUGCUCGACGCAGAAGAGCUCGGCGACCGAAGACCAUCACAGAUGCUUCGGCAUAUGGAGAACCUCCUCGGCUCGCGCGGCGCGACCUUCGAUCGGGUUCUGUUGAGGGAGCUGUUCCUGAAACGCCUUCCCAGCCAGGUACAGAUGGUUCUGGCCACCGCCGCUGACCUGGAUAUCGCAGCACUGGCCAAGCUUGCCGACAAGGUUCUUGAAGUCAGUUCUCCCACCAUCUCGGCUUCUACAGCUCCGGUAGCUGCACUGACACCCUCUCAAGACCCAGCCACCGCUCAGCCCUCUUCCUCUCAGUUGACCACGCUCACUGAAGAAAUUCGACGGUUAUCUGACGUAGUCGCUUCAACCUUGUCGAGCCGGCGGCCCUGUCGCCGACCUCGAUCCCGUCGCCCAUCCCCCCGACGGCGUAGCUUGACCCCUUCUCCCAGCCGACCUCCAGCUGGUUGCCUUCCGCCUUGCCUCUACCACGCCAUGUUCGGCGCCGCUGCUCGCAACUGCGCCAGCCCUUGCGGCUGGCCGGGAAACAGCAGAGAGGAUCACUAA